AGGAGGCAGAUCCUGAGCCGGUGUUUUCAUCUGGAUGAGAGGAGGUGAUAGAGGAGAUGGACCGUUUGGUAUCUGGGUUUAUGGAUUCUCCUGCUUCUUUUCUUCACAUUCCUUACAUUUUUUUUCUCCUUUUAUGCUUCAUUUUUCUGUUUGUAAAAGCACCAAGAAGAGCAGAAAUCACCAUGUAGCUGUAGUCUAAAAAUAUCAGCGCUAAGGUCAGUGGUGCGUUCAGGGGCAGGUGGGAAACUCAGGAGGUUGAAUGUUGUCGAAGCAGCUUCACUAUAUUCAUAAUAAUUGAAUGAUAUUCACAUCUAAUGGUGUAAAACUGCAAAUCUGACGUUUUUAAACCAGAAGAAGAGACUUUAAUUCAGAAAACCGACGGUCGGAUUGAAGAGCAGAACCAUUAGAAGUUUUACUGAUAUAUAUGGAAUCACUUUAGAUAUUUUUAGAAUUGUUUUGGGAAGAUUUUUACUCAUUUUUUGAAAAUAUUUACAAGAAUUUUUUUGCCAAAUUUUGGGGAUUUUUUAAAAAAUAAAACUUUGAAGGGAAACUUUUAAGGAAUUACUGGAAUUUUCUUACUGAAAGUUUUGCAAAUUUGAGGAAUUUUUUUGUUGAAUGUUUGGAUUUUUUUUAAGACAAGGAAACAAUAUUUUUUGGUGUCCGUAAAUGAGGACAACAGGAGGGUUAAUAAGAGGCUUCACCAUGUCUUCAGUUCAAGUUUUAAUUCUAAAAUCACCAGUUAAAGGUUGGAAACAUCACAUUCUGUAGCUUUAAGUAACAUCUCGACUGAAAUACACCUUUAGAAAGUUAAAAGUCACAGCAAUGUCCACUUAUUUAUGGUAUUUUAACUACAGCCUGAAGAAAUGAUGGCUUCAGGUUGCUUCACCUGCACAUUAUUUAACCAGUUUAACACAUUGGAACGAGGGAUAUUAUUGCUUAUUAUUAUUGAUUAAAGCCAACAAGCUGCAACGUGAAACUGAAGCUGAACUAUUGACUGAUCAUUGUUUUAUAACCUUUGAUUUGACGUGUCCAGCUGUUUAACCCUGAUUGUUUUUUUUCACAUGAAUGCAUCACCCUGGAGAGGGUUUCUUGCAGUUUUUUGUGCGUCUCGGUUUGAUGAGGAUUAACGUCUUAAUCUUGAAAGCCUCUUGUUGUGUCCAAGAACUCCGUGAACAGAUUAGCUCAGCGUGUUGUUGCACAAACCUUCGGCUGCCGGCAAGGAAAUGCUGCAACACUUUCAGGGGUUUCAGUCCCGCUUCCUUCUGUUUCUGUCUGGUUCUGUUUCAGCUUUCAAAACCUCCCGCAGAGUUCUCAGAACUUUCCAAGGUCUGUGGACUAGAUUCACUUAGUGUUUUCUAAGAUCGUGGUUGCUGCUAAAAUGUCAGAGUAGGAGCAGAUUUGAAAUAUGCUCUGUAAAUUAUAUUGGUGUCAGUGGGCUUCACUUGUAAUUAAUUGAUUGUCUAAUUUACCUAUAUAAGGUAGGAACCUUCGUGGCUAGGUAGGGUUUCCAGCCGGAAGGGGACAAAUCAGUUUUUGACCGCUAAACGCCGAACGCGGAUGCUGCACGUCGAACGGGAACUUGUGAAUGGGAAUUUGUGCACUUUGGAGUUUGUGGGAAACCAAUAAAGACACUGUGUUCAAGGCAGUUAAAACGAGUUGGACUUUCAUUCGUUAGUUCGGUUAUUAAGCGUGUCAGUUCCGUUUUUAUGGUUCCCGGUUGGAGGCUCUCAGUGGCUUAAAGUAUUGGCUUAGCCCCUUUAACACAAGUCAAAAACUGCUUUGAAAAGUUCCACAACGGCUGCUAGGACUUUGUUGUCGCGUUUUGCUGGUGAGGACGGGAGGACAAGGGAGGCUUGGAGGAGACACCUGAGCGGAGCAUCACCUGUUUACCUGCGUUCCUGGACCCAGCUGCGGGAGAAGAGGAGAGACGCCGGUGAGGACGCGGAGGAGCUUCACGGAAUGAUCAGUCUUCUGAAAUAGAGAAGCUGUUUGGGUUUCACCUCGUUCUCCAUCAGAACUCUGCUUCGGUCCAAAGAGCCUCAGAUCUCCGUCAGCCUCAGGACGAUGGAUGCAGCGAUGGAGGUGGAGGAGGAGCAAGUUCCUCGACUGCAGAUGGAGAACGACGAUAAAACUCCUUCUGAACAAAAGUAUCCGGCGCUCUGUGACUUCCUCCACGCCUCGGUCCACGACAGAGAGAACAGUCCUAUGAUGAGAGCAGCGCUGUGUGCUCAGGUGUGUAAGCUGUACAGGUUCCAGACUGAAGAUCAGCGGUGGCUGCUGGUGAGGGAACAGAUGUCCGAGACGCCGCUUUCAUUCUCUUUACCCAAACACCUGCUGAGCAAACUCAUACAGGAGCACACAGACAGGAUCCAGGAAGUGAAGGAGCUGGGUGACCUGUCGCCUCACUGGGACGGGCUUCGUCAUGAUGUCAUCAGCCACUGCCACCACCUGAUUGGCUGUUACCAGGAGACACUUGCUGAGCUCGACAAACUCUCAGCGUCGUUGUGUUUUAAAGCCAGCGGCAGCAAAUCGGACCGACACCUUCAGUUUGUUCCAACCAACCUUCACUCUCAGAGGAUGGAGGUCACCGAUCCAGACAGCUCAGGUGUUUGGUAUGACGUCAUCACCUUCGGCGCUCCGGCCGAUCACCACCAGGCGUUCAAACACGGAGGCCUGUCCAGACUUCUGAGCAAACACACAAACCCCAGCUCCGUGUUUUACUCCCAGGAUGAGAGCUCCAGAGCCAGGGAGCUGCUGGCCAGCGUGGCCCAGCUACAGCCUCUGGUCUUCGGGCUCUCCGAGGAACUCCUCUCCGUCUCUCUGGAUGUGAACGCCGGCCGGCUGCAGAAGGUCCUGGACAGUCUGAUCCAGCAGACCCAGCAGUUUGUUCACGCGCUCAAAGACGAGCUGGUGAGGAGCGCCCUGUUGGCCAUCCAUGACGAGUAUACAGCUACCUGCGAUAGUAGCCACGCCCACAGCAACGGGCUGAUCUGUGAAAACGCAGCAGCCAAUCAGGAGGGACUGCCGUCGUCAGGACAACAGGAUUCGGAGUACGAUGAGGAGGAGUGGGACAGAGUGUGGGCAAAUGUCGCCAAGGGCCUGAACUGCAUCAUUGCCAUGGUGGACCGACUGGAUCGCCCCCAGGAAGUGACAUCACCAGAACCGCCGGACACGAACUCUCAGAACAUCGCCUCCUCUUCGUCCUCUUCGUGCUGGCAGGAGCAGCUGCUGCCUCUGGUCCUGACUCUCAGAGAUUGUGUCCGUGAGGCCGUGAACAAGGCCCGAGCUGCCAUGACGUUCGUGGUGCUGCAGGGGGCGCUAUCAACCACCGCCAAUCAGGGGCCCCCACACGUAGUCCAGAGACGCCACGCCGUUUUCAGCCAGGCACUCUCAGCGGUUGUGUUUGGAUUCAUGCUGAAGCUCCAUGAAGGUCUGAAGGAUCAACAGUUUCUGCUGCAGCUUCACACUGUAGGAAUCCUAGUUCAGCUGGAAGGACUGCUGAGCACCUACGGUGACGAGCUGGGGAUGCUGGAGGACAUGGAGCAGAGCGUCACCGACCUGAGAGGAGCCGCCUUCACCAUCACCGAGGCCAAAACACAACAACCAGAGGACCUGCUGCCGACCAUCAGAGGAACAUGGGGCAGGUUUGUCGUCGAGGUUCCGUUGCCCCCGGAGACCUUUGGUUUGUUGCCACGGGAACUAAAAGAUGGAUGUUUGAUACAAGUCGAUGCUGUGCUAUUCAACAUCGGGAUCAACCAGCAGCAGAGUCUAGCUGAGAGGUUUGGAGAUGUUUCCCUCCAGGACAGACUGAACCAUCAGAGCUCUGAACGUCUCAAAGCGUAUUGUUCCUCUCUGAUGGACCGACUGCCGAACAUCGACGGCGUCCAGUCGCUGCCAGACCUGCUGUCAUCUCUGGAUUCGAGUCUGGAGGCCAGGAGGAGGAAGAACGUGGAGGUUCUGUGGAUCGCUGCCACGGUGUGUCGGCAGGUGAACGGCGUGAGACUGACCAGCUGUAAGAGUGCUAAGGAUCGGACGGCGAUGUCGGUGACACUGGAACAAUGUUUGCUGCUGCAGCAGAGACACAAACUGAGCCAGCAGAGCUUCAGCUCAGCGCUGGACAGCAUGAGGAGGUCCCGGGUGUCCUGGGGGCAGAUGCUGGGCUGUUACGCCCAGCCAGGGCUCACUGUCUCUGGGUUGGACACAGAGUGGCGGCCCCCGGGUCUCCGGAGCUUGUGGCCCCUGCAGUGUUUGGCCCCCAAGGCUCCCAGGUGGCACCUUUACCCAGUGGCCUUCCUCCUGGUGACCUCCCACCUCCUGGUCCUCUGGCUCAUCCUCAGCCUGGUGAUACUGCUGGCCAAAUACCAGUAACCGGCUCAGACUGGGAACACUGGGAACCACCAUGUUAGCUGUCUUUACUGGCCGAGCUCGGUCUUUGUGUCCCGUCAGGUUUGUUCUAACCUGAAGAGACCUUGGUGAAAUGGGGAAAAUGUGGAUCAAAUGUUGUUUUUUGUCCAAAGAUAUUCAGUUACCAUCAGAGAGGAGGAAAGAAACCAGGAAAUAGUCACUUUGAAGAAGCUGCAAUCACAGAGUUUAGACUCAUUGAUUAUCAGAAUAGAUGAUAACUAGUGAUGGAUUGAUUAGAUCAGGGGUGUCAAACUGAUUUUAGUUCAGGUUCCACAUUCAGCCCAAUCUGAUCUCCAGUGGGCCGGACCAGUAAAAUCACAGCAUAAUAACCUAUAAAUAACCACAACCCCUAAUUUUUGCUUUGUUUUAGUGCAAAAAUUUUCACAUUUAGGAAUUAUCCUUUUACAAAACAUUAUGAACAACCUGAAAUUUGAAAAGUAAGUUCAAUUCAGCAGCAUUCAGCCUCACUUUAUCAUUUUCACAUUACAACUUCCAGAUCAGAGUGUCGACAAAAAGAACAUAACAUUUAGUCACAGCUAUCUGGAACUGAAUGACAAAAUAUUUUUACUUUAUGGUCAAAACAACAAAAGUGAGACAAAAAAAGACAAAAAACCAACAAAAACAAGACAAAAUCUUACAAAAAUGAGACACAAAAUGAUAAAAGAACAAUGAGCAAUCUUUACUUUAUGAUCACAACAACUUGUCUUGAUCUAGAAAUUAUUUUAAAUUUAUAGUUUUACAAAUUUACUAUCUGCAGUUAAUGUCUUCUCUGGAAUUUUUACACUUUGAGGACCGGAUUGGACCCUCUGGAGGGCCGCUUUUGGCCCACGGGCCUCAUGUUGGACACCCCUGGAUUAGGGUCUGUGUUCACUGCUGAAAAAACGACAAAAAUGAGACACAAAAUGACAAAAGCAAGACACAAAAUGACAAAAGUGAGACAAAAUUACAAAAAUGAGACAAAAUGACAAUCGAGACACAAAAUGACAAAAGUGAGACAAAUUACAAAAAUGAGACACAAAAUGACAAAAAUGAGACACAAAACGACAAAAGGGAGAAAGAAAAUGACAAAAAGGAAACAAAACAACAAAAAUAAGACAGAAAAUGACAAAAAGGAGACACAAAACGACUAAAAUGAGACCCAAAACUGCUGGUCUCUGCUGCCCCCCUGUGGUCAGGUAUAACAGGUGUAACUCCGUGUUCUUCGAUGUUGACCUCUCCGGGCGUCUCGUCAGUGUGGAGUGAACAGAGCAGGAUAUCGGGCUUCACUGCUGGUUGUUGUGUGUUUGUGUUGUUGUGUAUUUGUGUUUGUCUGGCUGAAUGUCGCAGGAAUGGCUGCAGGCUGGACAAUGUGCAGAAGAACGUGGGCAGCAGGAAGUUUGCCUUCAGCAGCGUCCAGCUCCUCACCUUCCCCAGACUCUACAGACCUCCAGACGGCAGCUUCGGAUAGUAUCUGAACAUCUUCACAUGUAAACCUUCAACUACAAACAUGUCUCUGCAAUAAAUCAACACUUUUGCUGGAUUGUUUCAGUCAAA